UGAACAGCAGCACACGCCACACAUGCGUUAUCCCAUCAUCUUUCCUCAUUUCAGGCGGUUUGAAGCGGGGGUGAUGAGGCAAGUCACGCUUGUCGACCAGAGCAGAGCCAAUUCCAACUGCCUGCCACCCUCGUUACAGUCACCGUCGUCGCAGUCUGCACCUUCUUUACAAACGUCAUCACCACAUUCGUCGUCUCCAUUAUGUCAAGCACAGCUGCAGCCAGCUGUGUGACUCGGGUUAUUUCAGCAGAGAGAGCAACUUGGAUCCCCUAAUCCUCUCGCCCCUCCUCCUCCUUCCUCCCCUUCCCCUCCUUCCUUCGAAAAAGCCCCAUUCUAAGACUGGAUAAGGGAGGCUAUACUCGUUAUAAAGUCGACAACCAAGGACCCACCUACAGAGGGGGUCACUGGGUGUUCACUAACGGGGUGGAGCAGGUUCUCUCCCU